AUGAGCAACAUCAUGUUGACUUCUUCAUCAUCUUCAUCACAAUUACUAAUCCCUCAUGAAAAUACAAACAACUCGAAUCCCAUCAACAGCACGCACGAAUACGACCAAACGACCCCUUAUAAUAACCCCAAUGUCGAUCAAACGAUCACUAACGACCCAAAUUUAGCCCCGAAAAUCAUAGACUUCUCAUCAUGGGCCGAGGAAAAUCGUCGUUCUACGGAUGAUACUUCCGAACAUCGCUCGAUUAAGAGAAAGAGGGUUUGUACGUCGGGCAACAGGACAGAGGUGCAAGCACAGGAUCAUCUUGUGGCCGAGAAAAAGCGCCGUGAGAAUUUACGACAACUUUUCAUCGGCCUUUCUAAGGUUGUGCCGGGGAUCAAGAAGUUGGACAAAGCUUCCCUACUUGAAGAUGCCAUUAACCACUUGAAGUCCCUACAAGAAAGAGUGAGGGUCCUUGAGGAGGAGCAGAUCAAAAACGGGUCCAAUGCAACUGCCCAAUUAUCCUCUGCCCCGGAGAUUAAGGUCCGAAUUUGGAACAAACAAGUGCUCAUCAAAAUCUGCUGCGAGAAUCGAACUGGGAUCAUGUCUAAAAUCCCGUGUGAGAUCGAGAAAAUAAACUUCAAUGUGAUGGACAUGAGAUUCAUGGUGUUUGGAGGUGCAACUUUGUACAUAAUCAUCCUUGCCGAGUAUCAGAGCAGGUUCUAUGUGGGACCGUGCAAUGACGUGCGUGGGACCGCACCCGUUUUCCCCCCGAUUCUUACAUGGUAUCAGAGCCGGUUCUACCGUGCAAUGACGUACCCGUUUUUCUCCACGUACUCGUUUAUAGAAGCCUGUUUCUAG